AUGGAUAAUCUCUAUGUAGCCGCUGAUGGUUUCACGUACGAGCAUGAUGCGAUAAAAGCAUCGGUCGACACACACAGUGUAUCUUCCGUGACGAAACAGAAACUACCACAUAAGAUGCUAACUCCCAAUCUCACAAAUCUCACAUUUACUGUUUGCAUUGUCCUAGUCAUGCGAUCUACUAACAUGGAGACUUCUAAUGGAAUGAGAGUUGGCAGACAGUGGAGACAAUUUCUGUACAAAAAGAAGGGAAAAGCCGUGGCUCAGGUCACCUUCGCUUCAUCAGAAAAAGGCCAUGUCCAUCUACACUCAACAGAACAUUCAUCAACGCACGGGACGAGCGGGCCUCGUCAUUUUUCACGCAGAUCGCAUGACCACGAUCGCAAACCACAUCACCACGAUCGCAUCAACGCACAGGACGAGCGGCCAGGAGCAAAUUACGGCCGAUGUGGUUUUUGUCAUCAGCUUCUGUAA